UGCAGUGUAUAAACAAAACAUGACCUGACGAUGUCCAAAAUGAUUUUUUUAGUGAUUUUUGUAGUUUCUGUAGGCCUAAGUAGUGCUCAGUUGGUCCAAAAUUUGAAGUGCGAUCCUAAUAUUAAUUUAGUGAACAACUUCAACGUGACAAAAUUUCUCGGAAAAUGGCACGUGGUCCGACGCACAGAGAAGCCUGGUCAUCCAACGGAAUGUUCACAUCUGGAAAUCGUGAAGGAAAACGACCAGAUACAUUUACAUGACAGAGUUGUCAACCAGAACUUCCUGGAAGAAGUGAAGAGCCCCGCAACCCACCCUGCUGGCACAGCAAAGCUCAGUAUUAAUAGAGUGAACUCCAAUGAACCCACCGACUUUUGGAUUCUGUCAACGGAUUACGAACAUUUCACUCUUGCUUAUGCCUGUGAGGAUGAUGGUCCAGCAAGAAAAGUAACCAUAUGGCAGUUGGGAAGAGAACCAUCCUUCCCCACUCCAGCGAUGGAUACCUUGAUGAACCAGACAUUGUCCACAUUGCUUGACAUCACCACAACCAAUCUCAUUGCUGUGGACCACUCGGAAACAGCUUGCAGAAUACUGCCCGAUAUCCCCGCUGGACAAAAUGUCAUAUUACCUGGACAAUGUGAUCCGAAUAUGCCUGUGGUACAAAACUUCAACGUUCCUGCGUUCUUGGGAGAAUGGAUCGGUAUAUCAAGUUACUACUCUGCAAACCAACUUGGCGCAUGUGGCCGAGCAAAAUAUACACUUUCUGAAAGCGCAGUAGUCGUCGAAAACAGUAUGGUAGUCAAUCAAAAGCUGGAAGUCAUCAGAGGCAGAGCCGUCGUCAAUACCCCGGACGGCAGCGCUAGGCUUCUAGUGACAUUGGAGGUUAGACCUGGAGUUUUCGUCGACUCUCCGUUGUGGGUCCUGGCAACAGACUACACCAAUUACGCAGUUUCGUAUACUUGUUUGAAUCUACCUAACAACCAAAAACAAGUAAACGCCUGGAUCCUAAGCAGGACACGCCAACUGACGAACGCAGCUCAGCUUGACGUUGACAGAGUGAUAAGCAGCGAAGUUGACCUGAACAAGCGUUAUUUCAUCGAGGCUGACCAGAGCGAACAGAGCUGCUUCUACUACCCUGAGCCCGUGCCCCAGCAACCAGUCGUCUUCCGUGGACGAUGUGACCCCAAUAUUCCAGCCAUGGCCAAUUUCAAUGCCGUAGCGAUGAUAGGAGACAUGCUGGGUCGUGAGAUUAAGAUACUGGUUUUAGAAAUGGAAUCCCGUAUCCUCUUACCCACAAUAGUAUGA